AUGGAAAUUUCGGAACUGCAAGAGCUCUCGGAUGCCUUGUCGAGCUUCGCAUGCGGUUUGGGUGAGGACAAGUGGAGAUGGCUACUGGAUCCUUCAGGCUCUUUCUCGGUGAGUAGUGUCAAAGAUAAGCUUCAAAAGUUGAUUUUCGUAGACUUGAAGCUGGCAUUUGAGUGGAACAAUUGGUCUCCCAAAAAGGUUAAUUUCCUGAUUUGGAGAUUAGUUCAAGACAAGAUUCCGACAUACUCGGCAUUGGCUAGGCGAAAUGUUAUUGUUCAAGACAAUCGUUGUAAAAUGUGUGGUGAUGAGGCUGAAACGGCGAUACAUUUGUUUGUCUCGUGUUCGGUUGCGGAGCAGAUUUGGGAGUUUGUAUCUCGAUGGUGCAGAAUACAUCACGUUUUCGCAUUAGAGUUAAAAGAUUUGGCAAAUAUCCAUAAGAGAAACAGAGGAUCACAGAGGUGGAAAAAAGUGGUUAAUUUGGUGACUCAAGCGGCUAUAUGGGUGAUUUGGAGAAGCCGGAAUGGUGCGGUUUUUGAAGGAAAGCAACCUCAUGUAAACAGGAUGAAGGAGGAAAUCAAGAUGUUUGGAUACAUGUGGCUAAAGAGUAGAGUCAAGGGUAUAAAUAUAUCAUGGGAGGAUUGGUGUGAGUUCAAUUUGAUAAGUAUUGGUGUAUAA